AUGAAUGUGGACUGGUGGAUUUUCCUGUUAGCGCUGUGCUUUAUUUGUGUGUCGUCGAAUGGAAAGCCAAACUUUGAGAACUCUUGUAAGCUGCAUUUGGAUGAUUGUGAGACAAGCACACUCAGCGCUCCGCUUGGCUCCUCUGUUCUCCUCCAAUGCAUCUUUUCAAAAAGUAGCCUCAGCUGGGUGUCAUGGGCCCAAACUGGGGUGGACAUUGUCCAGCUCUCAUCUGAAGGUCGCAUUAAGUUCUUGGACCACAGGUAUGGUCGGGUGAAAGCCUUUCCAAACCAGGGCUCAGAGCGCAACUACUCCAUCUGCAUCGAUGAGCUGAGCAGCUCUGACCUGGGGUGUUACCGCUGUGAGCAGGGGCACGACUGUCUUCAAGUGGAGCUGGUUGCUGAAGCUGAAAGUGGUGCAGUGAGCAAAGAGAUGAAGCUACUGAUUUACAUCUUUGUCGGCGUGGCUGCUUUUAUCCUGCUGAGCAUUGGUGGCUACUGCUGCAUCAAGUGCAUAAUGUGCUGUAAAAAGAAAGCAACGGACAAUGCAAACAACCCUGAAGGUGCAGGAACUGAGGGUGCCAGUGCUGCACCCGAGAAGCCGGGCAGAGUGCCAGUAGAUCAACAGCAGAGAGGAGCGGGCAAUGAUAAUCUCGUUUAUGAAAAUGAUGACCAAGACCCAUCCAACCAGCAAAAUGACCUCAGGAGAAAUUAUUGCAGUCCACUACCAGAAGAUCUGCCUGAUCCCAACACGACUCAUGCCAAUCAGAGCACCAGUGGGAUUUACCCGAAUUUGGAUCAGUUUGAGAGGAAGGAAAGUCAGAGAACAAAACAGAGAUUUCAUAGAGAGCUCUUCAACAGAUUACGGCAAGCAAGUUUCAGUCGGCAUUAUUAUGUUAACCGAGAUAAUUUCAAGCAACAAGCCAUGUCAACUCAGGCAGAGAAUCAUCACAGAGCCGGAAGAAAGAAGAAAGCCAAAGAAAAUCAUGAAUUCAAAAAUCCAAUUUACAACAGGAGCAUGGACCAGCUCAACCACCUCUAGAGAACCAAGGAGGAUUUAAAUAGUUGUCAAGACCUUUCCAGUCUCACCAUUCUCUUCAAUGAUAGUAAUUAAUUUUUCAUUUUACAUAUUAAACUUGAUACAUGUCUUAAUGUGUUUGUUUUCUGUGUGAAGGGAUGAUGUAUUUUUGCAGGCCAGUCAGCCUUUCAAAGUACUUACAGACAGUUAAGGGUCCAGUAUUUGGGAUUUAGCAAAAUACAUUGGCAGAAAUGGAGUAUUUUAGAAUAUUUAUGUUUCCUUUAGUGUACAAUCACCUGAAAAUAAGAAUCGUAUCUACAGUCCUCGUUUAUGGGGACUGCCAUGUUACGAUUUGAUCUACAUUUUAACCCAGCAUGUUGCAUUGCCAUGUUUCUACAGUUGCCAAGAACAGACAAACCAAAUACUAGCUUGAGAUAGGGCCAUUAGAUUCAUGUUUUCGGGCCAGCCACUGUAGUUUCCCAUCUGCAAUGAGCAGCAUCGAAGUUGUACUGAUUUGUAAACUGCUUUAUUAAGUGAUUUAUCAGAUUUAAUCAUUUUGUAAUUAAUUUUACCUUCAUAUCUUAUCUCUUU